UGACGUCACCCGGGCGCCGUGACGUCACACCUCACUCCGUUUGACAGCCGCGGCCGCCACCGCCUUCUUUAACCUCCUCCUCCUCCUCGUCGUCGAUGUCCGCAAUCGUCGGGAAAAUGGACGGCGGGGACGAGAAGCGGACGUGCUGCAUCGUCUGCGGCCAGGAGGCGGACGGCGUGGCGGCGCUGCAGGACCACAUGAGACAGCACGGCAGGUGGGGCAACCCGGCCGUCGUGCACCUGUGCGACCAGUGCGUGUACAGCACGGACAAGCAGAGCCGCCUCAACAUCCACCAGAGGAUCCACACGGGAGAGAAGCCCUACAUGUGCACCGCGUGCGGCAAGGCGUUCACCCAGUCGGGGGCGCUCCAGUGCCACCAGAGGACGCACACGGGGGAGAAGCCCUACAAGUGCACGAUGUGCGAGAAGGCGUUCACGCAGUCGGGCGCCCUGCACAACCACGAGAGGACGCACACGGGCGAGAAGCCCUACAAGUGUUCGGUGUGCGGCAAGGCGUUCACGCAGUCGGGGGCCCUCCACAGCCACCAGAGGACGCACACGGGCGAGAAGCCCUACAAGUGCACCGUGUGCGGCAAGGCGUUCACGCAGUCGGGCGCCCUGCACAGCCACCACAGGACCCACACGGGCGAGAAGCCGUACAAGUGCGGCGUGUGCAUGAAGGCGUUCACCCAGUCGGAGAACCUGCACAAGCACCAGGUCACCCACGCGGGCCUCCAGUUCAAGAGCUUCACGACCCCGACGAUAAUAAAGAAUUGAAUUUUGGGGGGUGGGGGGGAUGGAGAUGGGGGGGGGAGGGCUGGGCGAUCGCGACGGACGCUCUCGCAGGUGAUCCCUCUCGUCAGCGUCGAUUCCCCUGAACGACCGGGCCGGAGGGACGUGGCGACUGUGCGGCCGGGAGGGACAAGCCGAGACACGAAGCGUCGUCGCCGCUUGAUACUCUGCACCCCCGUGCCUUCCCCGCGCGGUCGAGGCGUCCCCCGGUGAGCCGGUCCAACCGUGGAGGCCACCGCCCGCCCGCCUGCCACCCACCACCCACCACCUCAGUUGGAGCUGUCCCUUGUACGGCACGAGGCGUAAGCACCGGCGGUUCUCCUUAAGUGGGCACCGGCCGUCGUCAGUGGAGGGCGACCGUCGUCUGUUGGUCACACGAAAGGACCCCUUCGUGGUGAGCUCUCGCGGGCGGGGUUCUCACGAACCUCCCCCACCCACCCCCCACGCUGCCGCCGUUCGUCAGCGGCGUCAAGGCCCACUUUUUUGAUCCAGGGGUCCGUGGUCGUCCGCCCUGGAACGGCGACCGGCAAACCUCGGGGCGCACGACGUCGCCGCCGCGGUUUUCGGGCAACGGAGUCGCUCGCGCGAGAAAUGGGGCGGGUCGCGACCGCCCGCGCGCGACGGGCGACUGGCACGGUUUACGAGGAGUCAACGUGGCGAGGGUUCCCCCCCUGAACGUCAACUACCCCUCCUCCGCGCACUCCCCCGGUGGUAUUAACCAGGGCGGCCGGUGAGCUAGAACCUUGAAGAAGAAGGAGAAAAGAAGAAGAAAUAAAAACCCCUCCGACGAAAUCGGAGCCGAAAAACACCGCCGCCACCACCACCUUGCUCGACCGUGUCACCCUGCAAUAAAAACACAACUAGCCCCCCCCCCUCUGCCACCAUCCCCCCCCCCCUCCCCCCCCCGGCGGUAUUAACCAGGGCGGCCGGCAAGCACACACCUUGAAGAAGAGGAAAAAAAAUCUCCAGCAAAAACAGAGCCGAAAAACGUCACCACCACCUUGCUC